CUUGAAUUUGACAGCCGGAAGUGGAUUUUUUUGCAGAUCUUGUUUACGAUUUUAGAGAAAAAACUUAUUCUUAAUUCACAACAGUUUUGUAAUUGUUCAGAUAUGGCUUGCCCAGUGAAACUUCUAGUACUUUUCAUUUUGAAUUGUUUACUGUCACUUUAUGGAACUGUUUGUGCGAACAAAACGAAUCCGUAUUAUAUUGAAGUUGAGUCACACCAAGAUUUCCCUUUGCACGUGAAAGAAAACGAGGAGAAAUCAUUAUCCUUCACGUUCAGGAAUUAUCAAGGAACCGUGUUCAAAAUUUUGCCUGUUCUUUCAAAUCCAGAAUUAGCAGAGGUGCAUAUGAACAUGACAGAAAAUUUAAAUCCAAAAGAGACCGCAAAUUUUACAGCCAAGGUCAAAGGUACUUUUCUAGGAAAGACAUUUUUAAGAAUGUUUGUGAAUACUUCACAGGUUAAGGAACCUGAAAAAUAUGAUGAAGGUUAUUCACAAGAACCGGAUACUUAUGAAUGGUAUGAGUUGCCAGAAAAGUACGAAAUAACAGUGAGCCGUUUGGAAAGUGCUCUAAGUCAUUCUUUCACAGGAAUGGUGAUUAUUCUUGUGUGCCUUGCAAAUGUUGCUAUGGGUUGUAAGACUGAGCUUUCAGUGGUAAAAGAAGUACUCAGGAGACCAGUAGGACCAUUGACUGGCAUGUUUUCUCAGUUUAUACUGAUGCCGUUGAUUGCUCUUGGUGUUAUAUACAUGCUUCAGUUUGAUCCAGCAAAUGCUUUGGGUUUCUUCGCUAUGGCUUGCUCUCCCGGUGGUUCCGCUAGCAAUGCAUAUUCAUAUCUUUUAGCUGGUGAUGUCUCGCUCAGUGUGACCAUGACACUCUGCAGUGUUCUUCUUUCUCUUGGAAUGAUUCCGCUUUGGUUGUUCACUGUUGGAACAAAGGUGCUGUAUCAGACAGAAGUCCAGAUUCCGUACACAAACAUCCUUACCUCCCUUGUGGGCCUUAUUGUUCCUGUUGCUAUUGGUAUGGUCAUACAGUGGAAGAAACCAAACUGGGCUAAAUACAUUGUCAUGGGUAUCAAACCGCUGAUGGUUAUUUUCUUCAUACUCGUCUUCACUGUCGGCGUUUAUUCAAAUCUGUACAUCUUCACAUUGAUGCGUAACAAGCCAGAGAUUUUAUUGGCAGGGGCGCUCGUUCCUUACAUUGGCUUUGUGUUUGGAGGUGUGAUGGCUAUGAUAACAAGGCAGAGCUGGAAGCGGGUCCGCACCAUUGCAAUUGAGACCGGGAUACAGAACACAGGUAUCGCCAUUGUGUUGUUGAAGGUGUCUCUACCUCCACCUGAUAAUGAUAUAAGUAUCGUUGCUCCGAUAGCGGCAGCCAUAUUUACGCCAGUCCCGAUGCUGAUAGCUAUAAUUUGGUAUGAGAUUUACAAACGAUGUUACAAGAAGAACAAGGACGAGAUGUACCUAGAUGACCAUGAAGGAGAAAGUGAUGCAGAGGUUGGAAAACAGGGUAUAGAAGGAACUUACCACCCGAAUGGAGAUGGAGAAGACAAGAAGUAUAUAGAAAUGAAAAUGAACAAUAACAGCAAUGAAGUUUGAAAAUGGAUUUGGCAAGCCAGCUUUUCCCAUGUCUCAAGUUCAAACUUGGACCUUUAUAUUGAUGGUCUUGUACUGUAUCAAGGUGAACUUGAAAAGGACAAAAUUCCUGCUUGUUGGUAUUACAGAUUCACAUAAAAAUUAAAAUAUAAACAAUUCUUUCUUUGUACAGUUUUGUUUUAUGUUGAGUGCUUUUCUAUUAACUCUAGUAUUAUUUGAUCUAUUUUUUAAGUUUAAUAAAAAAAAAAUACUGAAGAAGGUGUCUUUUGAUAUCAGCAUUACUUUUACUCUCGAUAGAAGCUAUUUUGUAUUGAUGUAUCAGUGGAUAGAAAUGGAUAACUAUAGAGUUACAUUUAGCAAGAAAAGGAGAGACCGAAGUUUUAAUUUAAUGGCUGUAAAAUCAUGACAGGGUUGUAAGAAUUUUGUUGCAAUAUUUUUUGUUUUGGUCUCAGAAUGAAUAAACUUGAGGGAUCACACUUAAUGUGAGACUGCCACAUUUUAAAUACAGUCAAACCUGUGCUAAAGACCACUCGUGAACAGAGACCUCCGAACUGUAGAGACCUCUAACUUCAUUUAUAUUUUUUUUUGUUUAAAAUUCACAGUUGACCACCUGUUGAAUGGACCACUUUGACUCUGCCAAGCAUGAUCUUUAAUGCAUAGGUUUGACGGCAGUUCAGAAUUGUGUUUGAAGUGUCCACCACUUUAUAUGAGUUCAACAGUUGUUUUUUAUCCUGUAUACCAAAUUUUUAUGUUAUGUAUCAUAAUCAAAAGUUGUAAAAAAAAUUCUCAUUUAUUUACAUUUUAUUACAUAAACAACUAAAACUUGGCUUAGUAUUUGUAUUGACCUGUCAUAAAACCUAAUUUACUAUGAAAAUUGUCCAGAUCUGUUAAGUAAAUCAGUCCAGAAACUUCUGUUUUAUCUUCAAAACAGCUGAAUGAUUUUAAUUUUAUUUUGUAACUGAAUUAUUCAUUUCUUUUAUACCUGUUGAAAACAGCUAAUUGUUUUGAUUUUUAUUUUGUAACUGAAUUAUAUAAUACCUUUAUACAUGUUGAAAGCAACUUAAGUUGCUUACUUCAAGAUAUGUUUGUGACAUCAUUUUUUAUUCCUUUUCUGGACUACAUGUUCAGUGAUAAAGGUUGGGAUUUAUUCAUAGAAGUGUUGGUUAAGUGUCGAAUGCAUCAUUCCGCAAAUAGAAAUAUGAUAUAAAAUAGAAGUGAAUUAGUGGUAUUUUAGAUAUAUGUGUAAAGUUUACUGACUUGGUAUUAUUUGAUAGAUCAUGUACUUUACUUUCUAUUUUGUUACUAAUGAAAUAUUGAUGUUCAUCUUGAGGCAUGUAUUUUUAAGGUAUCAAACAAUAAGUUUUACAUCAAUAUAAAGUAUAGUAGACGCAACUUGACCGCGAUGGUUGACCUUAGGCUGAUUAUUCAUAUCGGUUAUUUCAUUAUAGAAAUCAAGGGUGCUUAGAGUAGCCGUGUAUAUUUAUAUGGAAUUAGUUUGUAUACAGUGCAGUUUCAAAGUAUAUAUACUUACAUUUGAUCAAUUAAAACUUUCCAAUACACUAAUUUAUAUUUACACAAAAUUAUAUUUCCUUUUUCUCGUGCAGCUCGUGUUUUACGUACACUCCUUUUCAAUAAUAGGUUGUGCCUCAUUAUGUAUUAUAAUGCAAAGGUCAACCAUCGGGGUCAAGUUGCGUCUACUAUAUUUGCUAAUAUGAUACACAUUAGGAGAAAUACUGAUACCACUUUAAGUAAAGCUGGGAUGAAAAAAAAACACCUCACAAAUAAAUGUUACUGAGGCAGUCCAGUUUGUUUUAGAGGGGUAUGUCUCCGAGUCUACAUCAGGAUUUCAAAUUUAAAAUGGAAAGCAAUUGUUAUUAUAUAUAUGUAUAUCAAAAAUGAUAAACCAAUAUUAGGUUGAAUAGAUAUUUUAAAUGUUCAUGAUAUAAAGUAUAUUUUUUUAUCAAAUUCCAAUAGCAUGACAUAACACUUCUGAGAUUUUUCUGCAUAUUUUAUUGACUAGAAGAGUCAUUGUAGAUACACAGUUGCCAAAACACAUGGAGUCACUUUAAAAUUUAUUUCUAUCAAGAUUUCAACAUAAAUCUAGAAGCAUUGAUAUAGUUCAAGCGUUUUGAGGAAACAUGUGAAAAUACUGUGAAGUCAUUUGAUUUUGCGGUUUUGGUCGAAACAACUAUUUCAUGGGGAUAUGAAUGUGUGUAUUUCACUUACUAAUAUAAAAUAAAUAGGACUUUUAUUUGUUGGUUGGGAUGAAAUAAACCAUGAAAUCCACUAAAAUAAGUCCCCCAUGAUGAUUUCACAAUACAGUACUUAGACAAUUCUGAUGUGGUUUGGAAGUACUGUACUUCACUGCCAGUCGUACACAGAAUGUUGAAUUUUAAUCAGAUACCCAUAUAUUAUAUCUAGUGCUUUUGUAUAUAUAGACGAAGUGAGUGCUCUUGUUUCUGUUCGUCUGACGUUUUUACUGAUGGUGUUGUGUACAUGACAUUUUGAUUUUAAUUUGUUAUAGAUUUUAUAUUUUACCUCGUUUUUUGUGUACGAAAAAACUUUUAUGUUUCCCUGUUUUAUCAAAAAAUAAAUAGCAGUGAUUUAGCUGGGCUGGUUAGGAAUUUAACAGUUUCAAUGAUGUUUUUGUUUGAAUUGUUUAAAGUUUUGUCUGAGUAUAUACAUUAGGAAUUUAACCUGGUACAUGUAUAUAACUGGCUGUUAUUUUAUCUUUCAUGUAGUUAAGGUAGUUCUGCACGUUUGAAAAACCAGAAGUGAUGGCGUAACAUUAUUUAUCUGGAAAACGUAGAAUAAAGCCUGGAUUCGGCCUACGGGAAUGAAAAUCAAUUUAUGAAUUAAUUGAAACCUGUGAGUAAAUUUAUUACAAUGGCACUGUUGCUAUAUUUCUAAAGUCAAAAAAUGAUAGUAAAACAUACGGGACGUUAAAAAUUCAAAAUAAUGUGUUAAAAUUAGCGUGAAAUGUCCGGUUCACUUUAAUCAUGGUCAGAUAUCUCAAAAAUAAGCACACGGACCUAUACAUUUUAUUUCAUCACAUUAUAGUCCAUAUGUUUAUUAACAACCAUGGGAAGCUUCAUCAAAAUCUACAUUGUAGAAAAAAUUCUAUUCGCGAAAAUGUUAUGAAAGUUAUGGUUUUCCCAUAGACUUCCAUUAUGAAAUAUUGCAUGAGGUCCAAAUUUUUCAAAGCAGUCUAGCAAAAAAUCAAGCACACGACCCUAUCUUUUUUAUUUGCUGAAUUUUCUAGGUAUAUUCUGAAGUUUUGAAAAAUCUAGAGUUUAAUCAACUUCUACAUUGUAGAAAAAUUUUCGAUCCAAACGUGCAGAACUACCUUAAUGCAGUGUAGCAAACUUUCUGUUACAAGAAAAUGGUUGUCAUUUUAGUUAUUAGCUCACCUGUCACAAAGUGACAAGGUGAGCUUUUGUGAUCGCGAAGCGUCCGUCGUCCGUCCUGCGUGCGUGCGUGCGUAAACUUUUGCUUGUGACCAAUCUAGAGGUCACAUUUUUCACGAGAUCUUUAUGAAAGUUGGUCAGAAAAACCUUGUGACAUCUCUAGAGGCCAUAUUUUUCAUGAGAUCUUCAUGAAAAUUUGUCAGAAUGUUCAUCUUGAUGAUAUCUAGGUCAAGUUCGAAACUGGAUUACAUGGGGUCAAAAACUAGGUCAGUAGGUCUAAAAAUAGAAAAACCUUGUAUCCUCUCUAGAGGCCAUAUUUCUCAAUGGAUCUUCAUGAAAAUUGGUCAGAAUGUUCACCUUGAUGAUAUCUAGGUCUAGUUCGAAACUGGGUCACGUGCGGUCAAAAACUAGGUCAGUAGAUCUAAUAAUAGAAAAACCUUGUGACCUCUCUAGAGGCAAUAUUUUUCAUAAGAUCUUCAUGAAAAUUGGUCAGAAUGUUCAACUUGAUGAUAUCUAGGUCGAGUUCGAAACUUGGUCACGUGGGGUCAAAAACUAGGUAAUUAGGUCUAAAAAUAGAAAAACCUUGUGACCUCUCUAGAGGCCAUAUUUCUCAAUGGAUCUUCAUGAAAAUUGGUCAGAAUGUUCACCUUGAUGAUAUCUAGGUCAAGUUCGAAACUGGGUCACGUGGGUUCAAAAACUAGGUCAGUAGAUCUAAAAAUAGAAAAACCUUGUGACCUCUCUAGGGGCCAUAUUUUUCAUAAGAUCUUCAUGAAAAUUGGUCAGAAUGUUCACCUUGAUGAUAUCUAGGUCAAGUUCGAAACUGGGUCACGUGGGGUCAAAAACUAGGUCAGUAGGUCUAAAAAUAGAAAAACCUUGUGACCUCUCUAGAGGCCAUAUUUCUCAAUGGAUCUUCAUGAAAAUUGGUCAGAAUGUUCACCUUGAUGAUAUCUAGGUCAAGUUUGAAACUGGGUCACGUGCGGUCAAAAACUAGGUCAGUAGGUCUGAAAAUAGAAAAACUUUUUGACCUCUCUAGAGGCCAUAUUUUUCAUAGGAUCUUUAUGAAAAUUGGUCAGAAUGUUCACCUUGAUGAUAUCUAGGUCAGAUCUGAAACUUGGUCACGUGCGGUCAAUAACUAGGUCAGUAGAUCUAAAAAUAGAAAAACCUUGUGACCUCUCUAGAGGCCAUAUUUUUCACGAGAUCUUCAUGAAAAUUAGUGAGAAUGUUCACCUUGCUGAUAUCUAGGUCAAGUUUAAAAGUGGGUCACGUGCCUUCAAAAACUAGGUCAUUAGGUAGAAUAGAAAAACCUUGUUACCUCUCUAGAGGUCAUAUUUUUCAAUGGAUCUUCAUGAAAAUUGGUCAGAAUUUUUUAUCUUGAUGAUAUCUAGGUCACAUAUGCUCAAUACUAGGUCACUUUGUCAAAUAAUAGAAAUAACGACGUCAUACUCAGUUCAACACUGGGUCAUGUGAGGAUAGGUGAGCGAUUCAGGACCAUCAUGGUCCUCUUGUAUUUCACAUUGCAUGGUGUGAUUUUACAAUGCAGAUUUUCAACAAAUGUUAAGGUUAUCUACCCUACUUAUUCUGUGUUGCUAUGAAGAGUUACAUAAACAUUUUAAACCUUUACUGUAAAACCCUGUGUCAUCUUUCAAUAAUGGUAAUAACUGUAACUAUUUGUGACAUAGUGAAGCAAGCAUUCCAGUUUGAAAUACAGUUAAACUUUAUAUAGUGGCAAUCUGCAUUAAGCAAUUACUUGGCUUAAGCAGCACACCAGCUGACUUCUUUUAUUUCAGCUAGACUUAAGCAGCCGCUUUUUGUUUCUGUCUUGGCCUACAGGUUUGACUUAUGUCCAUUUUGAAUAUUUUAACCCUUAUCAUGCUGGACACAAUUGGUUCUGCCUUUGUGACCAGUGUAGAUCUUGAUCAGCCUGCACAUCUGUGCAGUCUGAUCAUGAUCUGCACUGUUCGCCAUUCAGUCAGUAUCUUUUUGGUAAGCACCCCUUUAAACAGUCAAUGGUACUGUCCAAAUUGAAAGAUGGACAGGUCCAUUUUAGAAAUUUAGCAGGGUAAGGGUUAAUUCAAUAGCAUUAGUCACUAUUUUAGUUAAACAGCAAGUUUAACAGCAUCUUCUCAGAAAUGUCUUCAUAAAUUCCAUUCUCUUUGUAGUAUUCUUGCAUGGGUAUCUUUGACUUUUGCCCUAACAUUUUUUACUCAUACUGCCUUUCAAUAUACUGAUAUGAAAAGGACCAGAAGAAUUGAUUUUGCAGUGUGUAGAUGAUAAAAUAUUUUACUAAAUGAAAGUUCUGUUGAAAAGUUGCUGUAGUAAUACUGACCAAAAAUUGUUUUGUUAAUGUUGCUAAGAAAAUGCAGUAUACCUAAAGUCUUUAAUUGCAUGUGUUUUAGAUAUGCAUUUAGUUGGAAACUGAAUGAAAACAAGUCUUCAAAUUUCUUUCUAGUCAUAAUGUAUUUCAAGUGGUAGACAUAUAUAGAGAAAAAAAUAUAUAGACCUUUGUUAAGAAUAUGAUAUGUGAAGUAUGUGCUUAGAAAAUUGUAUUUUCUGUGAAGAAACUGUUACGCUUGAAUCAGCCUUCCAAGGACAAGGUAUGUCAGUAAAAAUAGUAGAAAUGCUACUUGCAUGUGCUGAAUUAACCUAGUUCGCUUUUAAUCUACAAAAUGUUGUUACUGUAUGAAAAGUUAUAUCUCUAUUAUACAUUGUUACACACUAUUCAAAGGUUUAAUUAUUAGAACUUUGUUAAGCAGAUACGAUUUGAAACAGACCAUGUUUUAUUGUCUGAGAGUUAUAUUUUUGUUGUAGUUUAUAUACAUAGUAAUUGGAAUUAUAAAAAAAAGAAAAGUA